UUUGAUAUUUUUAUAUUUUUUCUUAUUGAUUGUCGACGUGAUCCGUGUAUUCUCAUAAAUAUUAAUAUUUUUGAUAGAAGAAUACAACCCUGAAUCUCUUUCAACAAAAGUGACAUACAAUUGUAUAAUUUUCCAUUCUGGUAGCGCUUCUUAUAUGUCAAAUAUUUUUAUUUAAUAAGUAAGCCGCUCUUUUGCAGUAUGAAAUUAUAUUGCUUGGCGUAUAAAAUUGUUGCCUAGGAUUUGUUGUUUCCCGUUGUUACGUUUAAUAAAUUAUAAUAAUUCAUAAAUUAUUUGAGAAAUUUUGUUAUAUUGAAAUAUUGGCUAUUCUAUACGUGGGAUUAGUGUUAACGUUUAAGUUAAAGGUGGCAAAAUGCAAGAUAGUGUUAGGGACUUGCAAGAUGUACAAUUUAAAUCGCAUAAUGAAUUCAAGAUAUUUGAUAUCAAUUCGGUACCAUCUACGGUUGGCGUACAUUUUUUGACAGCUGCUAGCACUUAUGGGCUAAUUUUUGCCGGCAAUCCAUAUGCAGCUCGAUUAAAUGUUUUCAAACAUAAUGACCUCGUGGAUGCAAAAUAUGAUAAUUCUGCGUUGAAAACGCGUGUUUUAGAUUUAUCAUCACCUAUUACAGCUUUAUCAUGCAAUGCAGAUGGAAACUUCUUGGCCAUUGCCUACAAUUUGAAUGGUUCACCAUUUCUACAAAUUUAUAGCAGUCAAUCAUUUUUCACGCCGAACGUUACUAGCAUUUGCACUAUACGUUUGUCGGCUGAUGAAAAUACUGAGGUUACUGAACUAUUAUGGAAUCCAGUUAUUAGUCAUUGCUUGGCUGUAAUUUUAAAUAAUGGCGCUGUUGGCAUGUACACACUUAAAGAUGACGGCCAAUUUGAUAUUAAAACUUUGGAUAAAGCUCUUGGAACACAAUGUGGUUCUUGGUCACCUAAGGGAAAACAAAUCGUAUUAGCAUUUGCAAAUGGCAAACUGCAACAAUAUAAACCAGAUUUAACAGCGUCUCGUACAAUAGUUCUUCCACCUAAAGUAUUAGAGAGUCCUUUUGAUACUUUAAGUGUUUGUUGGCUUUCAACAUAUCAAUUUGCUGUUGUAUUAUUGGCGAAAAGCGAAAAUGCUUUUCCACACGUUGUUAUCGUGAAUGCUCCAAAAGGAGCUGAAAUUAAUUACAAAGAUUUUUAUGAUGUGUGCUAUAGCAGUGAUGGUCCUCGCAAACAUAGGUUCAUGCUAACACACAUUUCAUACUGGAAUUUGUUGCUGAUUCUCUCAGCAAAUGGUGUGGAAUUGGGCGUAUUAGGCACAGUCGAAAAAAAUGAUACUCCUAAUUGGAUUGCAUAUAGUUGUGCAGAUGAAGCACGCAUUUCAUUACCUUUAACAGAAGAUCAUAGUGAUCAAUAUGCAAUUGGUUUUUCUGUGGACACAGCUAGUAAACAUAGAUUAACAAUUAAAGAAACUGAAAUAACACCUAUGCCUAUGAUACAUAUAUUAACAACACAUGGAGUACUUCAGACUUAUAAUUUUAUAAAUUUGUUGCCAGAAGCAGCUAGCUUAUGUUCCCCUCCGCCACCAAAAUCAGAUUCAUCAGCAAAAUUUUCUCUACUUAAAGUCGAAGACUAUCGUAAGAAAUCUGUUAAGGAGGAAAUUACCGCGACACAACCAUUGGUUCAUCAACCACAAAUGUCUACUAUUACACCACAAAUAGGAGGUUUUGCUCCACAAAAAACACCUGUUAUACCACAAACAGCUGCUUUACCACAAACAAUGGCAACAACACCACAUGUCUCAUCUUACGAAACGUUUAGUUUUAAUAAAAUCGAAUCAACUUCUACGCCAAGUCCAAAACCAAAACCAGUUCCAACUUUUACAAAUGUUACUAAUCAACCAUUUUCAAAUAUACCAUCGUUUGGUGUGCCAAAUCCGAUGGCACAGACAAUUCAAAAUAAAACCGACGGUUUGUCAAAGUUUAAACAAUCAAAUUUAAUGGCAGUAAAACCAAACAUUCCAUUGGGCACUGUUAUUAAUAAGGCGUCAACGGAACCGCCGAAAGCUUUAUAUACAGUUUCAUCAGAUUUCACACCCACUGGUAAUAAUGAUGGUUCAAGACGCAAAAGUUCUUAUGACAACGGAAAGAAUUUUCCAGAUUUUGAAGAGAUGAGAAAACAUGUUGUUUAUUUGGACAUUAUGGAUUUUGAUAGAGAAAUUCAAAGAGCAUUGGUGAAACCAAUUAACGUUGCAGAAGAGCUCGGUGAUCCAAAAGAGUUCAGAAAUGACACCCUAACUUUGUUGGAUUUAGAAAAAAGUAUAAAAGAGGCUGACACAAAAGAUUUCCAACAAGAAAUUCGUCAUUUACGACACGGUAUCAUUGAUAUGUACGCUAUUUUGGAAGAAAUAAAUGCUAAUGUCUUACUCUCCAAACAUUCAGAUAUUAAAAGUAUGCGACCACUGUUGGGAUUCGACAAAUAUAACCUUCGUUUAGUUAAUAAAGCAGAUGAACAAAUCAAAAGCAACAAAAUUUUGAUGAGAAAAGCUGAAUUAGAAUUGGAUAAACAGUGGAUUUUGUAUCAAGAUUUAUUACGCAGUGAUAUGCCUAAAGAAAUUACUGCACCUCGUUUAAAUCCAAUUUUCCAGCGUUUAUCGAAAUUGGUUAAUAUUUCAAAUCGCAACAUGAAAAAAAUUGAUUAUUUAAAGACAGUUCUACAGUCUCUUGGCAUCAGACAAAAAUCAACUCGUCCUAGAAAAAGAAUAGACUUAAAUAAAACAGAAGAUGCGAGCACAUUGGAUAUUCUUGCUAAAUCCAUACUUGGUAAAAAUGCGAAAGCUCCUCCACCCAAAUACAGUCUUCAUAUUUCUCCGAAAAAUAGAAGAGUCGCUUUAAAUACUUCAUUAAAAAAUAAAGUACAAGUGACAAAACAAAUUAAAUCAAAGCGCAUUAAACGUUCUGACAUUAACUCGCACGCUAUACUUGAAGCAAGAAUACGUAAUCUGCCACCGAUACGUGAUGGUGCAUCUACAAAUAUUGAGAAAAUGCAGCAACAAAUGCUGCCACAAAAAAAUAUAGAGCCGUCACAUACACAUUUAGCGAAACCAACAGCCACCAAACCAGUUAUGAUACCAACACAAACUGUUUUUGCUCCAGUUGGACAAACAUCAACGAGUGGCUUUAAUUUUGGUGGUACAAGUCCAUUUGUCAAAACAGCUGCUGCUGUUAAAAGCGAUGAACCAGCAAGACCAAUUGCUGUAUUUCCUUCUAAUGCGGGUAUGAUGAACUUUUCAGGAUUUCACGUACCUCCCACAAGUAGUGGCGGAAUUAGCGCCACAACUAACCCGUUAUUGGUUCAACCAAAAGCAACACCAAAUAAGGUAGAACCACGCAAAGAUUUGCAGUCUUUAUCUUUUGUGGCUAAAGUUGUUGGUGGCGAGGCAAGUGAAGCACAUAUGGGUCAACCAUUAGUAGCUCCCACAGCUACACAGCCAACUGUUGUUCCUGUUGCCAAUAAAACUGAGAUUAAGAACGCAGAUACAGCUACAUCUGCAAAUUUCAGCUUUUUAGGAGAUAAAACUAAACCAGCCUCAACAUUUGGUCUGUCAAGCGUGACUCCAGUGAUGACAACAUCUACAACAACACCUUCAGGCGGUUUUAGCUUUGUUCUUCCACAAAAUUCGUCAAACAACACGAUUAUAAAACCAACAACAACAGCUUCAGGCGGUUUUAGCUUUGCUCCUGCACCAAAUGCGUCUAACAAUAUGCCUAUAAAGCCAACGACAACAGUUGCAAGUGGUUUUAGUUUUGCUCCUUCACCAAAUGCAUCUAACAAUAUGCCUAUAAAACCAACGGCAACGACGACAACAGUUGCAGGCGGUUUUAGCUUUGCUCCUGCACCAAACGCGUCUAACAAUAUGCCUAUAAAACCAACGACAACAGUUACAGCCGGUUUUAGCUUUGCUCCUCCACCAAAUGCGUCUAACAAUACGCUUAUAAAACCAACGAUAACGACAACAGUUGCAAGCGGUUUUAGCUUUGCUCCUGCACCAAAUGCGCCUAGCAACACAAUUUUAAAAUCAUCUAAUCCAAUUUUAGUGACAGUAGCUGCUGAAAUUUCACCUACUACAAAGUCACUAAUAUUUACCGGAAGUGGCACUACUAUUACAGCUGAUCCGAAAGGAGGUUUUAUUUCAUUUGGUUCAGUAAAAACACCUCCCGAAAUUUCUACAACUCAGUCGCCUACUCCGGUCUCCGAUCCAAGCGAUGCACUAUUGAGUAACUUGAAUAUAUGUAAACCAACAACUAAAGAAACAGGCACUACAGUUGCCGCAACCACAGCAGGGUUGACUGGAAAUUUAUUUGCGGGAUUAGGAUCCAAUACUGGUAGCUCUUUAUUUUUUAAUUCUCUUAAUCCACCGACUUCAACAUUUUCGUUUGAUGCAGCUGGUAGUAGUUUCAGUAAGCCACAAGCAGUAACAGGACAAACUCAGGUUUCCACUGCUACAACAACUAUAACAACAACAGCGCCUAUAGCAACGUUAGUAACAACAACAAUCACAGCAACUAAAACUACUCCAACCGUAAAAGCCGCACCCAUCGCAAAGACUGCUGCAACAGCCGGAAUGACACCAACAAUACCACCAGCCGGAGUUAUACCAUCUACAAUACCAGCAACAAUUCCAAUUAUAUCUCCAACGCCAAAACCUGCUCCAACCCAAAAAUUAUCCACAAUGCAAAAGCCAGUAACAACUCUAACGACAAUUCCCCCAGCAAUAGCGCCAGCAUUAGCAACUUCCGCAGCAUCACCACAGCCUGCAAAUCUUUUCAGUGCUACAGUUACUAGUUCCAAUGUGAUAAAGAGCACCGCCAAUACCACCACUACAUCUCCGAAUGUCACAGCUGCAAUCAGUUCAGGCACGCCUAUACCAGCUUUCUCUUCCCUAAGUGGUUUGGGGGAUGCUAGCACACCAGAAACAAAAACUGUACAGACUAACAUACCAGCAACAAGUUUUAAUGCACCCUUAUUUACAGUCGCUGGGGCAAAUACGACCGCAACAACUACAGCAGCUACAGCGGUUAGUAAAUCAAAUUUAAGUACUGCUACAACAGCAACGACAACUGGUUCACUCUUUGGCGGCUCGGGUACAGCUUUUGGUGGUACUGGUUCACUUUUCAGUACUCCAAUACCAAUGCCAGUGACUUCGUUAUUCGGAAAUGUACCAAAAACAGAAUCAUCUUUGUUCGGUAGUAGUGCAUUGUCAACUGUACCGAGUGGUCUCUUCUCUCCCCCAGCUGCAACUUUACCAACGAGUAAUACAAGUACUGGUGGCAUUUUUUCACCACCCAAAAAAGACUCGUCACCAUUUGGAGUUUCUACAGGUGGUAAUUUAUUUGGAAAUACUCAACAGCCAGUAAAUGUUUUCGGUAAUCAAGAAACCAGUUCAAAUACCGGCAGCGUGUUUGCAGCAGCUGCAAAUAAACCCGCUGAAGGUGGUAAUAUUUUUAGUGGCGGAACCCAAUCAAGCGAUAAUCAUGGAACUGGACCGCUGUUCGGACAAUUUGGUCAAAGUAAUAAACCAAUGACUGGUAAUAUAUUUGCAAGUAGUGGCGCAAUAAGCCAAUCUCCACCGACUGGUUUUAGUACUGGCGGCUCAUUAUUUGGUAACGCUCCUGCGAACAACAUGUCAACAUUGUUCGCUAAUUCUAGUAGUGGUGGUACUGCUAGCACAUUCGGUUCCCCAAAUACUGGUAUGGGAUUUGGUUCGUUUAGUAGCCAAAAUACUGGGGCAUCGGCUUUUGGUUCAACGAAUACAGGCAGCUCAUUUGCACAAGGCGGAGCAUCAGUGUCCCAAACAGGGUUCGGUUCGCCACAACAAUCAUCUGCUUUUGCUAAACCAGUAUUUGGUAAUACUACUGCGUUUGGUAGUCCACCAGCUUUUGGCACACAACCUAGUUUUGGAGGUGCAGCCACUUUCGGCAGCCCCAAACCAUUUAGUUCAUUUGGUUCUCCACCAGCCACUUCGCCAACUGCCAAUGCAUUCGGUGGACCACAAAAAAAUAAUUUAUUCGAAACAUUGGGAGCAUCGGAUUCCGGAUUAUCCUUUGGCAAUUUAGCUCAAGCAACACAGAAUAAUCCUCCGAAACCAGCAUUCGGCGGCUCAUCCUUUAUGAAUUACCGUGCGUAAAGAAGCAUUAAAAAUAACAAAAUCAUAUGUUUUGAAUCAAUAAAUUAAUAUAUAUUUUGUGAAAUGUCGAAAUGGAUAAUUAAUGUAAUCCGUUUAAAAUUAUUGUGUUUAAUUAUAUACUACUCUAACGAUUGUUAAAUGUGUUUUUUUUUUAUUUUGUAAUGUAGAUAAACCAUUUAUCUCAGAUAAUAUUGGAUAAACAUAAAUAUUUGAUUUUAAAUAUAUUGUAUAACAAUUAUUAAUCAUGCUAAAUUCAUAUAGAUAUUAAGAUAAACAUAUUACUGGUAUUGAUUAUAUUAAAUGAAGCACAUUGGUUCUAUCACUGAGUAACUGGAAACUGUAGUGCGCAAAUUACGGAAUCCUACAAAGGAUGAAGCCGUGUGUAGUUGUUUUUUACUGCGAUUAUUCUUUACAAUGCCUUGCAAAGCAUGUGCAUAUGCGCCUCAUAUUCUAACAAUUGAAAUAAAAUACAAUUGGUCAAGACAAUAGAGGUGUGCCAACAGAUAUUUUAUUUGUUUUUUUA